GUCAGAAUGGCUCUCGCAGCACUACCGACAUCGUAUGAAUACUACACGAAUGGUGGUAUCACCGCUGGGUUGUCUGAUCAACAGCCCUAUUUUACACUUAACAAUAAAAAUAUUACCAUAUACAGUGGCGCUUUUCACUAUUUUCGGGUUCCAAGAGCCUACUGGAGGGAUCGAUUAAGGAAAAUGAGGGCGGCUGGACUUAAUACUGUAGAAACUUAUGUUCCCUGGAAUUUACAUGAACCGCAGUCAGGUGUAUAUGAUUUUGGAAAUGGAGGGUCAGAUUUUGAGGACUUCCUUCAUGUAGAAGAAUUUCUGAAAAUCGCGAAAGAGGAGGAUCUUUUUGCACUUGUUCGAGCAGGUCCGUAUAUAUGCUCAGAAUGGGAAUUUGGAGGAUUACCGAGUUGGAUACUAAGAAACACUUCAUCAGUGAGAAAUUCCAAAGAUCAAAAUUAUUUAAGUUACGUUAAGAGAUAUUUUAAUGUUUUGCUGCCAUUAUUAGCUCUCUUGCAAUUUCAAAAAGGAGGCCCAAUUAUCGGAUUUCAAAUUGAAAAUGAAUAUGGAAAUACUGGAAAUGAUGAUGUUGAAUACCUUAAGUACAUUCAACAAAUUUUUAAAGAUAAUAAUCUUAUUGAGUUGUACUAUACUUCUGAUCCACCUAGUGCGAAUGGACGUGGUGCUAUACCGGGUGUUUUACAAACUGCGAAUUUUAAUUCUAAUCCGAAGUGGCAACUAGACAAGCUUAACCAACUACAACAUAAUAAACCCACAAUGACUAUGGAGUUUUGGACAGGCUGGUUCGAUCAUUGGUUAGAAGAUCAUCAUACCGUAGGUGCUCAACAAUUUAAAAGUCUUCUAGAACAAAUUUUGGAUUAUCCAUCUUCCGUUAACCAUUACAUGUUUGUGGGUAGUACCAACUUCGGUUUUACGAAUGGAGCUAAUAGUCUUCAUUCAGGUAUGGACAAUACUGGACUUCAACCUACUACCACAAGUUACGACUAUGAUUCUCCUAUAACUGAAUAUGGUGAUUACACAGAAAAAUAUCAAAUUGUAAAGGAUGCAAUUGCUGCUCGUAACCCCGUUAAGACUAAAUUGCCCGAUCAACCUAAAGCAGAACCUUUGGUUAAGUAUGCGUCUCUACAAAUUGAAGGGCAGUUAACUUUAGCGGACAUAAUAAACUCAGAAAUUAAAUCAGGAGAAAAUGUAAUUCAACACACUGGCGAUCCAAUUCCGAUGGAACAGUUGCCAAUUAAUGAUAAUUCUGGACAAAGCUUUGGGUAUAUUGUUUAUAGACAUACCCAUACUACAGCUGGAGCUGUAAAACUAACAUUGACUGGAACUGUAAGAGACACAUUGCUUGUAUUAGUUAAUGGAAUACUCAGAACUCCAGUUCCUUCAAAAAAGAGCGACGUUGAUGGUGUAGGGUUUUGGAGGUUAGUUAAUACAUCUUUAGAUCUUCAGACAGAUACAAAUACUCCUGAAACAACAUACGUUAUUGACAUUGUAGUUGAAAAUAAUGGACGCAACAAUUAUGGAGGGUUAGAUCAGUUUAGACAAUUUAAAGGAUUAACAGACUCAUUUCAAAUCAAUGGAAAAAAUAUGAUGAAAUUUGAUAUUAUUCCACUGGAAUUUAAAAAAUCUUGGAACGUUGCUCUAAAGAACUGGCAGCCUUUAACAUCAACACAAUCUACACCUGCUUUAUACAAGUUUACACUAAAUAUUGAUAACGACCCACAGGACACAUAUAUAGAUUCAACUCAAUGGACAAAAGGUAUAACCAUAGUUAAUGGAUUUGUCUUAGGAAGACAUUUCUUUGUUGGUCCCCAACAAAGUUUAUAUCUGCCUGCACCUUUAUUAAAUAAAGGUGAAAAUACAAUUAUCGUAUUUGAACACUAUAAUGGUCCCGAUGAACUCACCUUUGUAGAUCAUCCAAUUUUCCAAUCACGAGGCUAAUAUUUAAAUGUAUUAUAGAAAAUAAAAAUAAUUAGUAUAUACUUUUGGAAUAUUUUUACCUUCUUUUUAAUUUUUUAAUAAUUUAAUAAAUGUUUAAUAUUAAGAAAAAGGAUUCUAGUUUCAACUAUCGAACCGUAAACACAUAUCGAAG